ACAGCGAACGCUGCCGAAAGAUGCGUCUAGUAAUCCUCUGCCAUGGCAUCAUCUUCACCUUGCUGGCAUUUGUCGGCCUUCCGGCUCAAGCUUUCAUUCCUCCAAAAGGUCUGCCUCGUUCCUCUUUUCAUCAAUUAGCACCACCUGCGCCGCGCAUUGCUAGCUCCUCUUUGCGCAUGACGAUAGAUCCAUCAAGCAUACCAUUAGCUGAAAAUACAGGGACAGUAUUACUGCUCGCAGCGAGCAGCUGGGUCUCCCCCGCAAAGGCUGUAAUUGAGCCCCUUUUAGACCUUGGCGGUGUCGCGUUCUUGGUUCGGAUCGUCCUGUCAUGGUACCCACAGGUGGAUUUAAAUAAAUUACCAGCGAAUCUGAUUGCCUGGCCAACUGAGCCCUUCCUUAGUGUUACUCGUCUCGUUGUACCUCCUGCCUUCGGUGUGGACAUCAGCCCCAUCAUUUGGUUUGCCUUCCUGAAUUUUUUGCGAGAAAUUUUGGUCAGUGAUCAAGGCAUCCUCACCCUUCUGCAACAAAAAUAAACAUUCGGUGAGUCUCCCACAUGUUUAAGUGAAGACAUAUGAAGAAUGUUUUUAAAAAAAUAAAACGAGAGUCAAAA